CUGAAGCUGUUCUGUUCAAGUUGGCCUCCCGUCCACGGUCUACAACUACCACCUAGCUGAUAUGAAUAGCUCGUGAAGCGUUCUCCGAAUACACGAAUCUUCAUCAGAUCUAAGUUGUUGGUGACAUUCCUCCUACGGAUAACCAUCUAGCGAUGCCGAAAGACUCUGCAUUAUCUCAACCUCCAGUCUCGUAUACAAGCUCAUCAGAUGAUGAGUCCAUCAUUAUCCCUCCUUUUCCCCAGAUUCUUGCAAACUUUUGGUUAGGAGAGAAACUUGGGGCAGGAUAUUCAGGCUCCAUAUUCAAAGCCACUCACGUCCACAACGGUCAAGUUGUUGCCUUGAAGGUUCAGCAUACUAGCCACGAAAACCUCACCAACCGAUAUGAACGAAACUUUUACCCGAUGAUUCAAGGAGGAGUAGGUAUGCCUACUCUAUGGGCGGCUGGCGUUGAGGGAUGUUGGGACUAUCUUGCCAUUGAUCUACUUGGAUCGAGUCUGGAUAGUCUAUACAGGAAGAGCGGGAAGGAUACAAUGGAUUUGGGCAGUGUUUGUUCUAUUGCGAUGCAAGUAAUAGAAAGACUGGAGUUCAUGCACGGCAGAGGGCUUUUACAUCGAGAUAUACAACUUGGGAACUGCGUCGUCGGCCUUCCACCAAAUCACAAGACUAUCUAUAUGAUAGAUUUUGGCUUCUCAAAACGCUACAUUGAUCCGUAUACACACCGUCAUAUAUCAGACAGUAAAGCCAAACGGGAUUUUAUUGGCAACUACUGGUUCAGUUCUGUUGGCGUCCAUUGUCGCGGGAAAGUGCCAUCUCGCCGAGACGACCUUGAGGCAGCUGCUCUAAUGCUCAUCCAUCUUCUUACACCUCGCGGUCUCCCAUGGACGAGACACGGAGUCCCCAAAUCAGAAGAGGCGCACGACAUGCUUAAACGUCAAAAGCAACGUGUUCGGAUUGAAGACUUGUGUCGAGGAAUCCCUUCCGAAUUUGAAGAAUUCCUUCGAUAUUGUCGAAGAUUGAAGUUUCAAGACACCCCUGAUUACGGAAAAUGGAUCGAUGAGUUCCGUGAACUAGCCAUCGCGGAGGGCUUCUCAGGCAAUGCAGACUUCAUUUGGCCACCUCCACUGAAGCUUGUACAUGCGCCGCGAAGAAGCCAAGCACCAACACCUGAAGAUCUUAAACGAAUUUUGGAUGACUUGAAAAAGCUGGACCUUGGAGAUAGAAAUGUUCUUGGUGACCGCUCGAAUAUCAAAGAGGCUGUUCGCAACGCAAAGGAAGAUGUCCUGGGAAGGGACAACAACUCUUCGAAAACAAGGACGACAGGAACUAACACCCCAAAAAACGGAGAUGAGACGGAGAUGGACGUAACAUCAGUGCCUCCGCCCUUUAUGAGUCCCAAAGCAUACAAGUUAUCAAAAUUGACCGGGCAAGUUUCAAAGGCGACAGAUAAUCAUGCAUUGGCCGCAAAGGUCACAGAAUUCAUAGCUGUGAUGAAGAGUAAUACAUCGCGGACUUUGACCAAGGAUGGUUUUGGGUUCCUUGAUGCACUUUACAAGCAGCUUGCGGAGCCAUCGGUAUUCAUAACACCGAUGCGAACCUCUCGGUCGAAGGAUGCUCCUGUGCAAAAUCCUGAUCCUCAUGUUAAGCUUGGAGUAGUUGCUCGGCUCAGGAGUGAAGUUACGCAGGCGCGAAGUAAUAGACGACUAGCUGAUAUGGUUAGGGACUUUGGUAACGUAACUAACCGAAGUACUGGUCGGACAGUUACAAAGGAUGGUUUUGCGUUCCUGGAGGGACUGGCACAGCAACUAGAAGUGUUGGCAUGAGCUUUGGGACUUGAGUAUAUAAAGUGUACUUUCUUGUACAACAAACCUUUCUUGCUAUUACCAUGCUGCAGUAUGGCUAGUGACCA